GUGACGUGACGUCAUCGGCCUGCGUCUGUAGAAAGAUUUGUGUUUUCAGUGUUAAAUCGAUUUUAACCGAGUUAUCGUGUAGUAGGUACAAACUCUGCACGUACAGUAAUUGUUUUAUUAUUAUGAUGUGUAUGAUUUCUCUCUCUGUCGUGUAGUGACAGAAAACAGUCUGCUUUUGUAAGCUUAAUUUGGAGUCAGAAGCUCGUCAGAGUGACUGUUUGAAUCCGCUGCUCGAGAACAACAGACACAAAGAAACAGUUCUUCGUCGAGUAUGUCGUUGAUUAAAGAGGAGAGAGAGGAGGUCAGGAUUGAUGAACAGACUCCAGCAGGCAUGAUGCUGCUGAAAGAGGAACCUGAAGUACUGAAUCAAAUAGAAGAGAAAGCUCCAAAUAAGAAUCAUUUCAAAACUGAAGGGAUCUCUUUUAGGUGCCCACAGACUGAAAAGACUUCCUCAGAAGAAAAACAAACUAAGGGUUAUUUCACCUGUUUUGAGUGUGGGAUGAAUUUCAUUCACCCUGAAAGCCUUAGAAUCCACAUGGGAAUCCACAAUGGAGAGAAUCCUUACACCUGCCAAUAUUGUGGACAGGGUUUCAGUGAAGAUGAAAGCCUUAGAGCGCAUAUGGGAAUCCACAAUGAAGAGAAGGGUUUCACCUGCCAAGAGUGUGGAAAGACGUUCAGUGAAUAUCAAAGCCUUCUAGUCCACAUGAGAAUCCACAAUGAAGAGGAUCCUUACACCUGCCAACGAUGUGGAAAGAGUUAUGUUCAAACUGCAAGCCUGAAAGUACACAUGAGAACUCACACCGGAGAGAUACAUUUUACCUGCCAAGAGUGUGGAAAGAGUUUCAAUCUAAAACAAACCCUUCUAAAUCACAUGAAAGUUCACAUUGGACCGGAGCCUUUUGCAUGCCAACAAUGUGAAAAGAGCUUCACAACAGAAGUAGACCUGAAGUCACACAUGAACGUUCACAUUGGAGAGAAGCCGUUUGAAUGCGUUCAGUGUGGAAAGAGAUUUCUUCAUAAAAUAAGCCUUAAUAACCACUUGAAGAUUCAUUCGGAAGAGAACUGCUUUGUAUGUCAACAAUGCAGAAGACGUUUUGCUCACAAAUCACAUCUUAGAGUCCACAUGAGAGUUCACACUGGAGAGAAGCCUUACAUCUGCACUCAGUGUGGAAAGAGUUUCACAUAUAAAACAGCUCUUGACUCCCACAUGAUAAGUCACACUGGAAAGAGCCGUUUCACCUGCAAAACGUGUGGGAAGGUCUUCACAAACAAGGUGGGCCUCAUGUAUCACAUGAACGUUCACACCGGAGAGAAGCCGUUCAAAUGUGAUCAGUGUGGAAAGAGGUUUGCAGGUAAAGCUGCCCUUGAGAGACACAUGAGGAUUCACUCAAAAGAGAAAAAGUUUUAUAUGUAACUAGUGCCAUAAAAUGAUUGGCCUUAGGAGGCAUAGGAGAAUUCGCUGGAGAGUGAAAACCUCCCAAACGCAACCUGUGUGAAAGGAUUUUGCUAUUUAUUAUACCUUCAAGUAUCACAUGAGGCUUCACACCAGGCAGAAGCCUUGAAGUGUCAUCUGUGUUUGAACGGAGCUUCUCAUAUUGCCGGUGCCCGAAAUGCUAUUAGAAAGGUGCAUUCUGGGAAGAAACCGUAGUGCUCCAAGUGUGGCAAAAUCAUUUGUGCAAUCACUCUGGACAAAGGCCAUUUAAAUGUGAGGAAAGCUUUAAUUUGCCAUCACAUGUUCAUAUACAUAUGAAAACUCAUGCUUAUGUGAAGCCAUAUUUGUGUUUACUGUAUGGAAAGAGUGUCAUGGCUUAGCAAUCUGAAAUGGCAAAAGAAAAUACGAGUUUGUGUGAAAUUAAGGCUACAUAUACACUGCACAGAUCGAUGUGGCACAGAUUCGAUUUUUCUGGUCGAAUGUAUAACGUUUUUUGGCCAGGCUGUUAAAGUGACCUUUAAAUGUGGCCCGUAUCCGAUGGUCAGUGAUUUGGUGAUGUUCAUUUGUUUUAUUUGCAUCCUUCAUGUCAUUAUAUUUUGUCUUUUUUUUUUAAAUCAAGAGAAGUGAAAGUACAGCCAAGUAUGGUGUCCCAUACUCAGAAUUCGUGCUCUGCAUUUAACCCAUCCAAAGUGCACACACACAGUAAACACUCAAUUUGAGUCAAAUUGAACACUUCUGAAAUGUUUAUAUGACUCCCUCCAUUUUGGAGUUAAAAUAACACUUUUGAAAGUGUGAAAUAUGUUCAUUAUUAUAUUAUAUUAUAUAUAUUAUAUUCAUUCAUUACACACAGACUGAAUGUUUAUUACUUUUAAUUUUGAUGAUUAUAACUGACAACUAAAUUCAACCAAAUUCAGUAUCUCAGAAAAGUAGAAUAUAACUUAAGACCAAUACAAAGAAAGGAUUUUUAGAAAUCUUGUCCAAAGGAAGAGUAUGAAAAUUUAAAGUAUGAGCAUGUACAGCACUCAAUACUUAGUUGUGGCUCUUUUGUCUGAAUGACUGCAGCACUGCGGCGUGGCAUGGAGUGGAUCAGUCUGUGGCACUGAUCAGGUGUUAUGAGAGACCAGGUGUCUCUGAUAGUGGCCUUCAGCAAUGCGGCGUGGCAUGGAGUGGAUCAGUCUGUGGCACUGCUCAGGUGUUAUGAGAGACCAGGUGUCUCUGAUAGUGGCCUUCAGCUCGUCUGCAUUGUUGGGUCUGGCAUAUCACAUCCUCCUCUUCACAAUACCCCAUAGUUUUAUUAUAAGGUUAAGGUCAGGUGAGUUUACUGGCCAAUUAAGAACAGGGACACCAUGGUCCUUAAACCAGGUACUGGUAGCUUUAGCACUGUGUGCAGGUGCAGAGUCCUGUUGGAAAAUGAAAUCUGCAUCUCCAUAAAGUUGGUCAGCAGCAGGAAGCAUGAAGUGCUCUAAAACUUCCUGGUUUACGGAUGUGUUGACCUUUGACCUCAGAAAACACAGUGGACCAACACCAGCAGAUGACCUGGCACCCCAAACCAUCACUGACUGUGGAAACUUUACACUGGACCUCAAGCAACGUGGAUUGUGUGCCUCUCCUCUCUUCCUCCAGACUCUGGGACCCUGAUUGACUUUCAUCAGAGAACAUAACUGUGGAGCACUCAGCAGCAGUCCAGUCCUUUCUGAAGCGAGACGCUUCUGACGCUGUCUGUUGUUCAAGAGUGUCUUGACACAAGGAAUGUGAAGCUGAAACCCAUGUCUUGCAUGCGUCUGUGUGUAGUGGUUCUUGAAGCACUGGCUCCAGCUGCAGUCCACUCUUUGUGAAUCUCCCCCACAUUUCUGAAUGGGUUUUGUUUCACAAUCUUCUCCAGGGUGAGGUUAUCUCUAUUGUUUGUACAUUUUUUCUACCACAUCUUAAUAAUAAUAAUAAUAAUAAUAAUACGUUUUAUUUAUAUAGCGCCUUUCCAGAGCUCAAGGACACGUUACAAUAAACAAACAACAAUAAAGGCAAUUGACAAAGAGAGCAGACAGAACAACAGUAGGCAAAUGAGAGUACAAGUACAGUAAGUGAGAAUUGGGUAGAUGGGGCAGCAACCAGCAGAGAGAGAGGAAAAAAAUAAAGUAAAAAAUAAAAAACACACACUAAGAACUAUAACAUUCAGAAAAUAGGUGUGUUUUGAGCAUGGAUUUGAAUUCAUAGAUAGUGUUAACAAAACGGAGUGAUGGGGGGAGAGAGUUCCACAUUUUGGACGCAACAACACUGAAUGAUCUGCCCCCCAUUGAAGCAAGGCGAUGCCGAGGGACAACGAGAAGGCUGGAAUCAGCGGAUCGUAAAGAGCGAGUAGGGGUGUAGGGGAGAAGCAGGUUACAGAGGUAGGGGGGAGCAAGGCCAUGCAGAGACUUAAAAGCGAGAAGGAGAAUUUUGAAUUUAAUACGGUAAGCCACAGGAAGCCAGUGAAGAUCAUGCAGAAUUGGGGAAAUAUGUGCAGAACGCUUGGUGUGGGUGAGUAGUCUGGCAGCAGAGUUUUGAAAGUAUUGUAAUUUGGAAAUGGAGCUAGCUGGUAGGCCAAUGAAAAGUGCAUUGCAGUAAUCAAGACGUGAGGUGACAAAUGCAUGGAUGACAGUUUCAGCAUCUGAGAUACUGAUAAAGGGACAGAGCUGAGCGAUACGACGUAGAUGAAAGAAUGCCAAUUUAGUGAUGGAAUUAAUGUGAGAGUGGAAAGAUAGAGAGGAAUCAAAAAUUACACCAAGAUUUUUAACAGUACUAGAUGGUUUGAUAAGAGAGCCGGCGAUCUCACAG